GUGAUGCUCUUCCCUUCAGCUAUUUAAAGGACAAGGGAAACUCUGCUUAAGUCACAGAGCUGAGAUCGCAGUUAAAAGUACUGUACCAACUCGGGGCUGGACAAGGCUGCACCAUGAGUAAAUGUGGAGUGAUCGCUACGCAGUUUAAGCUUUGUCCCGGAGAAUCGCUCGUCGUGAAAGGGACAAUUUUACCAGACUGCAAAGAAUUUGAGAUCAACCUGGGUAAAGACUGUGACAACCUGGCGCUCCAUUUCAACCCACGUUUUGACUGCAAGGGUGAUGUCAACACUUUGGUGUGUAACUCCAGGAGAGGCAGUGCCUGGGAGGAUGAGGAAAGACCACCUGACUUCCCUUUUCGUCACAAUUGUGAGGUUGAGAUCACCUUCAGUUUUACGGGCAACGACAUCCGAGUGAAGAUGGAAGGGAGUGGAGAAAUUGUCUUCCCCAACCGGCUGUGCCUUAAUCUGAUUGAUUAUCUUGGAGUGGCCGGAGACUUCAGAAUCAAAUCGGUGACAUUUCCCUGAGGAGGUCUUGUUCUCUAGUCGAACGGAAUUGGUUGUCCCAAACAAUUUGACAGGAUGUUCUAAGCAGGGGGUUGGACUAGAAGACCUCCAAGGUCCCUUCCAACUCUGUUAUUUUGUUUUCUGUUUUUUUCCCCCCUGGAAUUUAUGCAUUCCUUUUACCCAAUUUUUUUUGGUCAAAGCAGUCCAAACUCCUUAAAUUUUCACCAUCUUUCUUGCCCAUCUCACCUCAAGGUCCGUUUCUUUACCAUGCUGUGUUAUGAAUGAGGUUCAUUUUCCAAGAAAUAAAAGACCUAUGAAAAACA